AUGAGCAAGGUAAGUAAGAAGAAGAAGCCCUCCUCGCUCUACGCCGUCAACCGAGCCAAGGAGAAGUACGCCCCCGUCUACACCAACAGCAAGGGUGCCAGCGUGGGCGUGGGCGUGGAUGAGCCCAUAGAAGUCAUCGAGAUGGGCGCGGGCCUCGAUAGCACUCGCCUACAGGUCAGGAAAGUGGGCAGUACCCCGCAGAGUGACCACACGGUGCCCCAUCCUGCUCUCGGUGUCCCGUCGAUCCUGCACCCUACCACCACCACCACCACGCCCUCUACGCCUGUAACGACGACCACCACUACGACGACUACGACUACCACUACGACCACCACGAGCACCACGUCUACGACCACUACAUCGCCGACGACUACGUUACCAGAGAGGUACUGCGAGAUCAAGAGGCCUUGGGAUGUGAAAUCUCGUAUCAUUGAGGAACACACGAGUGUCCGGGUAAGUUGCACGCGAAGAAAACGUAAAUAAUAAAAAUGGGGAUGGAGGACUUAGAAGGAAA